AUGAAUAAGAAAAAGAAGAAAAUUCCCAUCUUUGUUGAUAAUUGCACGGCUCAAGGAGACAUUCCUAGGCUGAGUAACAUUAAGGUCGAGUAUCUUCCUCCAAACACAACCUCCAAACUGCAACUGCUUGACCAGAGCAUCAUCCGAAGUUUUAAAGUAAAUUAUAGAAAAGAGGUCAUACAACAGUUCCUUAGAGACAUGGAAAGCCGGUUACCUACAAAUAUCAAUGUCUUUGACGCCAUGUGGGUGAUCACAAAAGCGUGGAGUAAAGUUACAGAAACCAAAAUUUGUAAUUGUUUCAAAAAGAGUGGAUUCACUGUCACAACUCAGGAGGAAAAUUCAGACCAGCCUCCUACACCAUAA